AUGAAACUGAUUUUUGCAGAAACUGGUCAAGAGACUAUAAUAGACGACAAUAGGUAAUAUGAAAUAACUUGAAUAAACAUCUCAUUGACUGAUGCGUUCAUUCUACUUCCAUAGCUGUUCGACAUUAUCUCGGUUGAAACACUAUUUAUACACAGUGACUGGAAUCCCAAUCGACCAACAGAUUCUACUAUCUACUUCCGGGAUUCAACAAAAGGAUGUUAACUAUUCAACGACACAUCCGGACGACACUCUUAUUUUAUUCAACCGUCAGCAUUUGGAACGCAACAACAAUCAACAACAAAAUGAUACAGAUUCUUCUUUCAAGCACCUGGUAGAUAAACGCAUGCCUAGUGUGGAUGGACUUGAAAGAUUGACUGAUCUUCACAAUACCUUGGAUACUCAAGUUGAAAUAUACCGACGUUACAAACAACAACAACAGCAACAACCAAAAUGGACAUUCUCGGAAUAUAAGGAUUAUUACAAGCAAUUAGUCAAGCAUAUGCGACUUUCAGCAGAUGUUAUCUUGGAGGUAGCUCAGAGGCAUAGCAAGCUAGCAAAUACGAUGAUUCAGGAACUCAAAACACAAUCUGUAGCACUCAAUGCAGCUCUCAUCAACUUUGAAAAUCAUAUAAAAACCACAUAUUCAUCACAAUCCAAGCUCGAACGUAUUGCAAAAAGGAAAUUGGCAAAACACACAGACUCAGUAGCAGAUAUCGACAAAGAUAUUGCAUUCAUGCAUAAGAUCCAACUUCACCCUCAUAUUCAAACUCAGCUUGGACGGUCCACUUCUUUCCUAGUCGAUUGCUUUUCUGUGUCUCCUAUGGAAGCACUCAAAUCCCAACUACAAAAAGAUCAUUAUCGACUUGAAGCAAAAACAAACAAAUUGACGACUAAAAUGGGCGACAUCUAUCAAGAAUCUAGUCAUAUUUCUAUUCAACGAUCCGGAUCAACAGCUGUGGUGAACAAGGUCAUGCGUACUCUUGGUGAUAUUCAAACUUAUUUGUCUUUGAUCAACAACCUUUGUCUUCAUCUCCAACAAAGAUGGGAAAGUAGAAAUUUGGAUGACUUGAAUGAUUCCGGUGGUGAUCCUGCAGAUGAAUGGAUGAUUGCCAUUGUAGAUACGACUCAUUCUACUAAUAAUAAUGACGAUGAUGAUUUGGACAACAAUUUGGAAACAAAUGAUUUUAUGAUAUCCGAUGAUCCUGACAACAAAAAGAAUUAUAUGACGGAGAACAAUGAUGAAGAUACUAAAACUGACGAUGAUACUGACAACAACAAUAGCCCUAUGGGUUCAACAAUAAAAAGGACACAACUUCAAGAACUUUGUGAUGACAAAUUGAUGCAAAGGUUAUUUUUGUAUGAAUCGCAACUACGAAAUUCAAUAAACGUCAUUAUGGAAGAAAAACGAAACGCCAUGUUUAACUUUUUCCAGUGUUUACAAACCAUCAGCUCUUUAGAAGAAUCUAUUUCGAAUCUAUUUUUAUGUCUUCAACAACUUGGGGGUGAUAUCAAACAUCUUGGAAAACGUAUCGAUCAACUUGAAACACUCUCCAAAGGAAUUAUUGAAGGUUAUGGAAUGAUGUUGAUUGAACUUUGGAGGAGAGAUCAAUAUAGACAAAUUGUUACCAAAAAUGCGGAAUUAUUGAAAGACCUAUUUUCUAAUUUUGCAUCUUCUGAACAACGAUAUCGUGACCAAUUUCAAGCUGAUUUAUGGAUGACGAGUGAUAUGAAUACAUUACUCUUCGACAAUAAGGGCAAAAUCAAGGAAGAUACAUGUAUCAUUCCAUUCAUUUGGAAAGGUAAAGAAUAUUAGAAAUUUCUUUUCUUCGGAUAGUCUAGGAUAGAAACGGAAUGAAUGUUUUUCUUUAUUUAGAAUUUACCAAGGAAGAACAAUCGUGUACUACAACUAGCUUGGGGAUAGAAUUAUUACCAAACGGUCGACAUCAACAAUCAAAUUACGACUUUCCGAUGGAAUCUAAUCUCCUGAUAUGUAAGAAAGAUGUUCAAGACUUUCUUGAUCUGAUGCAAUCCUAUUAUACCUUCCAGGGGAUUCAGGGGAAACAAGAUGAACGGC